GGAAGCCUGAAGCGGGUAUAUAAGAAGAACUUUGCCGCCUGGGCACGUUGCAUUGCGUGGAUGUACCUGAACAAUGCUAAUGGUAAAUAUCCUGUGGAUCGGUCUUUGGAUCGUUCCUCAGGCACUUGCCGCGGACUCAUGUGCAGGACAAUCGUUUGGAUACAGAUCGGCGGACCCAGCAGACCCCCACUCGUACUUCCUCUGUCUGGGCUUCCUGGGCCAGAUAAGGAGCACCUGCCAAGACGGAUUCCGGUUCAGUGUCCAAGACCAAAGCUGCGUGCAAGCAGGCCAGGCAAGUCCUGGCCACUCCUUAGCAGACAAGGACCCGACCAUCCACCAAAACGUAUUCAUUGACAGGCCGAUGAUUUUCAAUUUUUUCGGUAACCUGUGGGGCAGCCCCCAAAGGCCGAAUCCCUCCCUACCCUUAACGCAACCCCCCCAGACCACCCACGAUCAGCAACAAGACCCGAUACCCAGCGCAAGUUUCUCACUCUUAAGGGAAGUCAUUUCUUCCCCCCAGGAGAACGAGCUAGACUCCAAUGAUGCGUCACCUACUCCAACGAAUGAGGCAUCGAGGUGUCGCUUUUUACCAAACGGUUCCUUCAUAAGGGACUCCAAAAAAUGCGGAGUAUUUUACGUGUGUGCCAAUGGGAUCGGUAUUACUCGAUGCUGUCCAGAAGGUCUCCAUUUCGACAUCGAGAAGAGUUUUUGCAAUAUCCCAAGUAUGGUCGACUGCUCUCCCGAAGAAUUGACCACGACACCGUCCCCACCUAAAACUUCGACAACGACAAUUAGGCCCAGCCCUGCAGAACCAUCAUCCAUGGAACCAUCAACAACCGAACCAUCUCCGGAGAGCUCAACAGAGCCAAGUAGCUCCAGCUCAGAGGAACCAUUGUCCACGGAACCUUCUCCGGAGAGCUCAAUAGAGCCGAAUAGCUCCAGCUCCGAGGAACCCUCGUCCACGGAACCUUCUCCGGAGAGCUCAACAGAACCAAGUAGCUCCAGCUCCGAGGAACCCUCGUCCACGGAACCUUCUCCGGAGAGCUCAACAGAGCCAAAUAGCUCCAGCUCAGAGGAACCAUCGUCCACGGAACCUUCUCCGGAGAGCUCAACAGAGCCAAAUAGCUCCAGCUCAGAGGAACCAUCGUCCACGGAACCUUCUCCGGAGAGCUCAACAGAGCCAAAUAGCUCCAGCUCAGAGGAACCAUCUUCCACGGAACCUUCUCCGGAGAGCUCAACAGAGCCAAGUAAUUCCAGCUCUGAAGAACCAUCGUCCACGGGACCCUCGUCCACGGAACCCUCGUCCACGGAACCAUCGUCCACGGAACCUUCUCCGGAGAGUUCAACAGAGCCAAGUAAUUCCAGCUCUGAAGAACCAUCGUCCACGGGACCCUCGUCCACGGAACCAUCGUCCACGGAACCUUCUCCGGAGAGUUCAACAGAGCCAAGUAACUCCAGCUCCGAGGAACCAUCAUCGACGGAACCCUCGUCCACGGAACCUUCUCCGGAGAGCUCAACCGAGCCGAAUAACUCCAGCUCCGAGGAACCCUCGUCCACGGAACCUUCUCCGGAGAGCUCAACCGAGCCGAAUAACUCCAGCUCCGAGGAACCCUCGUCCACGGAACCUUCUCCGGAGAGCUCAACAGAGCCAAAUAGCUCCAGCUCAGAGGAACCAUCGUCCACGGAACCUUCUCCGGAGAGCUCAACAGAGCCAAAUAGCUCCAGCUCAGAGGAACCAUCUACCACGGAACCUUCUCCGGAAAGCUCAACAGAGCCAAAUAGCUCCAGCUCAGAGGAACCAUCUUCCACGGAACCUUCUCCUGAGAGCUCAACAGAGCCAAGUAACUCCAGCUCAGAGGAACCAUCUUCCACGGAACCUUCUCCAGAGAGCUCAACAGAGCCAAGUAACUCCAGCUCCGAGGAACCAUCAUCGACGGGACCAUCGUCCACGGAACCUUCUCCGGAAAGCUCAACAGAGCCAAAUAGCUCCAGCACAGAGGAACCAUCUUCCACGGAACCUUCUCCGGAGAGCUCAACAGAGCCAAAUAGCUCCAGCUCCGAGGAACCCUCGUCCACGGAACCUUCUCCGGAGAGCUCAACGGAGCCGAAUAACUCCAGCUCUGACGAACCAUCGUCCACGGAACCCUCGUCCACGGAACCAUCUUCCACGGAACCUUCUCCGGAGAGCUCAACAGAACCAAGUAGCUCCAGCUCCGAGGAACCCUCGUCCACGGAACCUUCUCCGGAGAGCUCAACAGAGCCGAAUAACUCCAGCUCUGAAGUACCAUCGUCCACGGAACCUUCUCCGGAGAGCUCAACAGAGCCAAAUAGCUCCAGCUCCGAGGAACCAUCGUCCACGGAACCCUCUCCGGAGAGCUCAACAGAACCAAGUAGCUCCAGCUCCGAGGAACCCUCGUCCACGGAACCUUCUCCGGAGAGCUCAACAGAGCCGAAUAACUCCAGCUCUGAAGAACCAUCGUCCCCGGAACCUUCUCCGGAGAGCUCAACAGAGCCAAGUAACUCCAGCUCCGAGGAACCAUCUUCCACGGAACCUUCUCCAGAGAGCUCAACAGAGCCAAGUAACUCCAGCUCCGAGGAACCAUCAUCGACGGAACCCUCGUCCACGGAACCUUCUCCGGAGAGCUCAACAGAGCCGAAUACCUCCAGCUCUGAAGAACCAUCGUCCACGGAACCUUCUCCGGAGAGCUCAAUAGAGCCGAAUAGCUCCAGCUCCGAGGAACCCUCGUCCACGGAACCUUCUCCUGAGAGCUCAACAGAGCCAAGUAUCUCCAGCUCAGAGGAACCAUCUUCCACGGAACCUUCUCCAGAGAGCUCAACAGAGCCAAGUAACUCCAGCUCUGAGGAACCAUCAUCGACGGAACCAUCGUCCACGGAACCUUCUCCGGAAAGCUCAACAGAGCCAAAUAGCUCCAGCACAGAGGAACCAUCUUCCACGGAACCUUCUCCGGAGAGCUCAACAGAGCCAAAUAGCUCCAGCUCCGAGGAACCCUCGUCCACGGAACCUUCUCCGGAGAGCUCAACGGAGCCGAAUAACUCCAGCUCUGAAGAACCAUCGUCCACGGAACCCUCGUCCACGGAACCUUCUCCGGAGAGCUCAACAGAGCCAAAUAGCUCCAGCUCCGAGGAACCAUCGUCCACGGAACCCUCUCCGGAGAGCUCAACAGAACCAAGUAGCUCCAGCUCCGAGGAACCCUCGUCCACGGAACCUUCUCCGGAGAGCUCAACAGAGCCGAAUAACUCCAGCUCUGAAGAACCAUCGUCCCCGGAACCUUCUCCGGAGAGCUCAACAGAGCCAAGUAACUCCAGCUCCGAGGAACCAUCAUCGACGGAACCCUCGUCCACGGAACCUUCUCCGGAGAGCUCAACAGAACCAAGUAGCUCCAGCUCCGAGGAACCCUCGUCCACGGAACCAUCUCCGGAGAGCUCAACAGAGCCGAAUAACUACAGCUCUGAAGAACCAUCGUCCACGGAACCUUCUCCGGAGAGCUCAACAGAGCCAAGUAACUCCAGCUCCGAGGAACCAUCUUCCACGGAACCUUCUCCAGAGAGCUCAACAGAGCCAAGUAACUCCAGCUCCGAGGAACCAUCAUCGACGGAACCAUCUUCCACGGAACCUUCUCCGGAAAGCUCAACAGAGCCAAAUAGCUCCACCUCCGAGGAACCAUCGUCCACGGAACCUUCUCCGGAGAGCUCAACAGAACCAAGUAGCUCCAGCUCCGAGGAACCCUCGUCCACGGAACCUUCUCCGGAGAGCUCAACAGAGCCAAGUAACUCCAGCUCCGAGGAACCAACGUCGACGGAACCCUCGUCCACGGAACCUUCUCCGGAGAGCUCAACCGAGCCGAAUAGCUCCAGCUCCGAGGAACCAUCGUCCACGGAACCUUCUCCGGAGAGCUCAACAGAGCCGAAUAACUCCAGCUCCGAGGAACCAUUGUCCACGGAACCUUCUCCGGAGAGCUCAACAGAGCCAAAUAGCUCCAGCUCCGAGGAACCAUCGUCCACGGAAGUUUCUCCGGAGAGCUCAACAGAGCCAAAUAGCUCCAGCUCAGAGGAACCAUCUUCCACGGAACCUUCUCCGGAGAGUCCAACAGAGCCAAGUAACUCCAGCUCAGAGGAACCAUCAUCGACAGAACCCUCGUCCACGGAACCUUCUCCGGAAAGCUCAACAGAGCCAAAUAGCUCCAGCUCUGAGGAACCAUCGUCCACGGAACCUUCUCCGGAGAGCUCAACAGAGCCAAAUAGUUCCAGCUCUGAGGAACCCUCGUCCACGGAACCUUCUCCGGAGAGCUCAACGGAGCCGAAUAACUCCAGCUCCGAGGAACCAUCAUCGACGGAACCCUCGUCCACGGAACCCUCGUCCACGGAACCCUCGUCCACGGAACCCUCGUCCACGGAACCUUCUCCGGAAAGCUCAACAGAACCAAAUAGCUCCAGCUCAGAGGAACCAUCGUCCACGGAACCUUCUCCGGAGAGCUCAACAGAGCCAAAUAGCUCCAGCUCCGAGGAACCAUCGUCUACGGAACCUUCUCCGGAGAGCUCAACAGAGCCAAGUAACUCCAGCUCCGAGAAACCAUCAUCGACGGAACCCUCGUCCACGGAACCUUCUCCGGAGAGCUCAACAGAGCCAAAUAGCUCCAGCUCAGAGGAACCAUCGUCCACGGAACCUUCUCCGGAGAGCUCAACCGAGCCGAAUAGCUCCAGCUCCGAGGAACCAUCGUCCACGGAACCUUCUCCGGAGAGCUCAACAGAGCCAAAUAGCUCCAGCUCCGAGGAACCAUCGUCUACGGAACCUUCUCCGGAGAGCUCAAUAGAGCCGAAUAGCUCCAGCUCCGAGGAACCCUCUUCCACGGAACCUUCUCCGGAGAGCUCAGCCGAGCCAAAUAACUCAAGCUCUGAAGGAACAACAUCAUCAACCGAGAAAUCAGCCGAAAGCUCUGCCGUAAUCGAAGCGGCUCCAUCAUUGCCCGUCCGUAGACCGAUCAAACCAGUUUUGAUGUCCAACCGUCCAGCUGUGUAUGGUGGGAAGGACGAAACACAGAGUUCGGUGGGAAGUAAACAACUGCAGCAUAAUCGUGUGCUGAGCACUUUGUCAGGGGGUUCUUCUCAGUUUCAAGAAAGAACAGACUGCAGUUUCCUCCCCACUGGAGCCUUCCUAAGGGAUCCCACGUCGUGCAACAAAUUCUAUGUGUGUGUAAAUGGAAUGGCCGUUCCCCGGCGCUGUCCUAGUAUUCUCUACUUUGACAUCAAGAAGAAGGUGUGCAAUUUCCCCAGCCUCGUGGACUGCUCUCUGGUGUCCAAAGGUGCCCCGGUCUCCGUAGUCAAGACACUUUCGCAGCACUCGGGUCUCAUUGGGUCAUCAUCCAGUCAGGAAGUGGAACAGGAACCGAUCCUUGAAUGCAGCUCGCUUCCAAACGGUGAACUUGUCCGGGCUCUGAAUUCAUGCAGCAAAUUCUAUGUCUGCGCCAAUGGCCUCGCCAUAUCCCGUCAAUGUCCGAAGGGUCUGUAUUUCGACAUCACAAGGAAGAUCUGCACCUUCCCCAGUCUCGUGGAUUGCUCGAUAGUCGAGUCGAGUCGAAAGCAAGUAAAACGGAAACCUGCCCAAGGUCGGGAUGGAAGCGCAUCACCAGUGAAGCUGCAUCGGAAAUAGAGGAGAUCUGAUCUUGCACAGAAAGGAUUAGUAUUAUUUGGUUUGCUCACAGUAUUAUUGUAUUAUAGGAACAUGGUAAAAGGGUAUCAGCAUUGGGCUAGUAGGUAUAUAGUUAUUCAUACGUUUUCUGAGUGGUUACUGACUUACAUAGUUAAAGUUUACAUGCACACACACACGUCACACUCCGAUCUAGGCAGUUACAGAGUAUUUUGGUUUAAUACCCAUUCCGCACUAUGAUAUAUUCAACGAUUAAAGAAUCUACAACGAAGAGAGAGAGACAGAGCCAGUCUGCCUCUGAAAGUAUUUAUAUUCUUAAGAAGA